GGGCAUUACUCCUCAUUUAGAUAUAAAAACUGAUCGGUUAACAUGUUAUGUUCAUUCAACCAACGUCCCUUACCAUACUUGUGCAAACAACACAACACAUUGCAUAAACAUAUAAACUAAGCAACAAAUUAACCACUAUUACCAUUUUUUUAAUAUUAAUAGUAACACACCACCAUCUUCCUCAUACUCAUACUCUUCUUCUUUUUCAUUUUCUUGUUUUCAUUAAACCCAGUUUUUUUCGCAUAUUUGAAGCUAAUUUGAUCAAAAUAAAAUAAAAAAGAAUGACGUGGAAAAGUAGAGGAGGUGAAUUUUCUUCUAGAAGUUUCAUUUCUCAGAAAUGGACACUAUUCCUUUGUCUUGGUAGUUUCUGUGCUGGAAUGCUCUUCACUAACAGGAUAUGGAGUAUUCCUGAACAGAAUGGACUUGCUAGACCGACAGCUGCAGAAACUGGUAAAAUGAAUGUAGUUUCGGACGGUUGUAAUUCGAGAAUUUUGCAAGAGAUGGAAAUGAGGCGCGAAACUAGAGAUAUGUAUGGUGACGAUUUCAAGGGUCAUAAUUCUGCACAAGCUUUGGAUAAAACUAUUUCAAAUUUAGAGAUGGACUUGGCUGCGGCAAGGGCUGUUCAAGAGUCGGUACGAAGUGGUUCUCCUGUUUCAGAAGAUAUAAGGACGACUGAGUCGUCCGGUAAGAGAAAGUACCUUAUGGUCGUAGGUAUUAAUACUGCAUUUAGCAGCAGAAAAAGAAGGGACUCGGUUCGGGCUACCUGGUUGCCACAAGGUGACAAAAGAAAGAAGCUAGAGGAAGAGAAAGGCAUCGUCAUUCGCUUUGUAAUUGGACACAGUGCUACAUCAGGAGGUAUCCUAGACAGAGCUAUUGAAGCCGAGGACAGAAAGCACGGAGAUUUCUUGAGACUGAAUCAUGUUGAAGGAUACCUUGAAUUGUCAGCAAAGACAAAGACAUACUUUGCUACUGCUGUGAACUUGUGGGAUGCUGACUUCUAUGUCAAAGUUGAUGACGAUGUUCAUGUAAAUAUAGCAACAUUGGGAGAAACUCUAGUUAGACACCGAUCAAAACAACGAAUAUACAUUGGAUGCAUGAAAUCUGGACCCGUCCUGGCUCAAAAAGGUGUAAGGUACCAUGAACCUGAGCAUUGGAAGUUCGGAGAGUCUGGAAACAAGUACUUCCGUCAUGCCACAGGGCAGUUGUAUGCUAUUUCAAACGAUUUGGCAACAUACAUAUCAAUAAACCAGAAUGUUCUUCAUAAGUAUGCCAAUGAGGAUGUCUCAAUAGGAGCUUGGUUUAUUGGACUAGAUGUAGAACAUAUUGAUGAUAGAAGACUUUGCUGCGGCACUCCUCCAGAUUGUGAAUGGAAGGCGCAAGCAGGCAACAUUUGUGUUGCUUCAUUUGAUUGGAGCUGCAGCGGUAUAUGUAGAUCUGCUGAAAGGAUAAAAGAAGUACAUAAGAGGUGUGGAGAAGGUGAAAAUGCUUUGUGGAGUGCCUCUUUCUAGGAGGAAAAACAUUGGUGAGUUCUUCCUAACUCGGGAAGAUUAUUACUUACCACAACAAAGAAUCAAGCCUGCGAGAUUUUUCUUUUUCCUUUUCUAUAUACUUUUGUCCAGUAUAUAUAGAGAAAUAUCGCGUUAUACACGAGAAAAAUCUGAAGUGAAAAAGUGUGAAAGAGAGAAUUCUUGCUCCAUGGACCUUCGACAUUUUAAGAAGAGAUUGUUCAUGGUUGCUGCAAGAAGAAGACACACAUGAUAGUAGUACACAUUCAUUCUUUGAUGCUUGGUAGGGCCAUUCUUUUUGUUAAUAGUUCCAUGGCUAUCAAGCUCAUAAUAAAUUGAUAUAAUUUGGUGGCUGUUGCUGCCUUUCCUUUUGCCUAAAAUAAAAUUGAUUAUUUAUGUUUUGGUUGAAAAGUUUACAUGACUCUUAUUGAUCU